GGAUUGGAUUUCACAUGAAGAAUUUAAACAUGAAAAUUUAAGUAAAUGUUUUGAUAAUGUUCCUAAUAAUUCUAAACCAUCAAUCGUUUACAAUGACAUUUUAACUAGCUUACCUCUUACUUAUGGUUGGGAUUGUUAUGAUUUUGCAAAAAGUAUAAAGUUAAAGCCUGGUCAACCUAGAGAACAUAUAAUUUACCAUUCUUAUUGGCGUGCUGAUCUACGACCUUUUGGUGAUAAACAGAUCGCUACGUUAAAAUCUUUCUUUGCUACUCAGGAUGAAACAUUUUCUUCUCUUAUUCUUUGGACUAAUGGAAAUAUUUCGACUGUUCCUUCUCUUAAACUGUUACUAGAACGUUAUCCCAAUCGAUUCGUAAUAAAACAUUAUAAUGUCAUGAUAGUAAGCAAAGAAACUCCUAUGGAAAAUUCUCCAAAUCUUAAACUUAAUGAUAAAUUAGCUUACCUUGAUGGUGAUUUGAUUAGACUUCUUGUUUUAUACAAAUAUGGUGGAAUAUGGUUUGAUAUGGAUUCUCUUUUUGUACGUGAUUUUUCUCCACUCGUGGAACACGAAUGGCUCGGUCAAUGGGAUUGUUUUAUGCCAAAGGGUUAUCCUUUUAAUGGUGCUUUUAUGAGAUUUCGAAAGAAUUCUCCUUAUUUAUGUGAAUUCCUUUCUGAAAUGGCUAAUGGUCCGGUUCCUAGUAAAUCUUCAAUUGAUUGGGGUGGAAGACUUUAUUAUAGAAUUUUUAGGCGUUUAAUUCAAAAUGGAAAAAAACCUUUCGGAAUGAUUCCUUGGUGUUUUACCGAUUCUUACUUAUGUAAUCCAUCAAACUCGAUGCCUAAUGCAUUUGAUGAGGCGAAAUUUGAUAAAGAGAGAUUAUUACAAGUAUUUUCUUUUCACUGGCACAAUCAAUGGGAUAAGAAAAAAGGAAGUUUAUUUAGAUUUCUGGAGCAAAGAAAUAAUGAAAUUCUGGGAUUUUAA